AUGCACGUUAAACGGCAUAGUUCAACAAUGGCUACUCCAAUUCUCAAGGGAGGAUGUGAACUUCUUUUGAUUGUCUCCCUUAUUGCUUCUACUUUUGCAAAUUCUGAUACAUAUAUCAUCCACAUGGACCAGUCAGCCAUGCCCAAAGCAUUUUCUGACCACCACAACUGGUAUUUGGCCACUAUUUCUUCUAUAUCAGAUACUGCUGAAUCAACCUUCAGCAAAACCUCUAAGCAUAUCUAUACUUAUACUAGUUCCGUCCAUGGAUUUAGUGCCAGUCUCACUAAAUCUGAGCUCGACGCCCUCAAAAAAUCCCCUGGCUACAUUUAUUCCACUCGAGAUCGUCAACUAAAAGUUCACACUACUCAUACUUCUGAGUUUCUCGGUCUAAGUUCCAGUUCCGGUGCAUGGCCAGCUGCAAAUUAUGGUGAAGAUAUGAUAAUUGGAUUAGUGGACACUGGAAUUUGGCCAGAGAGUGAGAGCUUCGGCGAUGAAGGAAUGACAGAAGUUCCAUCAAGAUGGAAAGGGAAAUGUGAGCCAGGUACCAAGUUCCCUUCUUCCUUGUGUAACAAGAAGCUCAUCGGUGCUCGCUAUUACAACAAAGGUCUACUUGCAAGUGAUCCAAAGAUAAAAAUUUCAAUGAACUCUACAAGAGAUACAGAUGGACAUGGAACACAUACUGCAUCGACUGCUGCAGGGAACUAUGUGAAAGGAGCAUCUUAUUUUGGUUAUGCCAAUGGGACUGCCAGAGGUAUGGCGCCACGGGCCAGAAUAGCCAUGUACAAAGCAAUUUGGGAAUAUGAGGUCAACGAAUCAGAUGUUCUUGCUGCAAUAGACCAGGCAAUUCAGGAUGGCGUGGAUAUAUUAUCCUUGUCUUUGACUGUAGCCACUGAAGAUGACUUAUUUUUGGAAGAUGAUUCAAUCGCUGUAGCUUCUUUUGCAGCAAUGGAAAAGGGUGUAUUUGUAGUAGCAUCAGCUGGAAAUACGGGGCCUAAUUACUAUACAUUAGUCAAUGGAGCACCAUGGCUGCUAACUAUUGGUGCGGGUACUAUAGACCGUGAAUUUGAGGGAGCUUUAACUUUGGGUGAUGGCAAUCACUUUUCUUUCACAACAGUAUAUCCCGGAAAUUAUUCUCUAAGCCAAAAGCCUCUUGUUUUCAUGGAUGGGUGUGAAAGUGUGGAGGAAUUGAAGAGAGUCAGGGACAAGAUUAUUGUGUGCAAGGACAACCUAAGUUUCAGUGAUCAAAUUGAAAAUGCCGCAUCUGCAAGAGUUUCAGGAGCUGUUUUCAUUAAUAACUACACCUCCCUGUCGGAAUACGACACUCGAAGUUCAUUUCCAGCAGUAUAUAUUGGUCUACAAGACGGUCAGAUGGUAAUAGACUACAUAAGGAAGAGCAAGGAUCCAAGAGGAACUGUGGAAUUUCGAAAGACAGUUAUUGGCACCAAGCCAGCACCAAGAGUAGAUGGCUAUAGUAGUAGAGGGCCAUUUGCAAGCUGCCGCAAUGUGCUAAAGCCAGACCUUCUGGCUCCUGGAACGUUGGUUCUUGCAUCAUGGUCUCCAAUAAGUUCAGUGGCUGAGGUUCGGUCACGUUCCUUGUUUAGCAAAUUCAACCUUUUAUCUGGCACCUCUAUGGCUAGUCCUCAUGUUGCGGGCGUAGCUGCACUUAUAAAGAAAGCGCAUCCUGACUGGAGUCCUGCAGCCAUCAGGUCUGCCCUUAUGACCACAGCAGAUUCACUAGACAAUACUCUAACUCCCAUUAAAGAUGCUUCAAACGAUGACUUGCCAGCCACCCCUAUUGACAUAGGAUCUGGCCACAUAAAUCCCACCAAGUCACUUGAUCCUGGGCUUAUCUAUGAUGCAACAGCAGAGGACUACGUAAAGCUUCUUUGUGCGAUGAACUAUACAAAGAAACAAAUCCAAAUCAUCACAGGAUCCAGUCACAACUGUGAAAACAGGUCUUUGGAUCUUAAUUAUCCAUCUUUUAUUGCUUACUUUGACAGCGAUGUCUCGGAGUCGAAGAAAAAGGUUGUUCACAAAUUUCAAAGGACUUUAACCAAUGUUGGAGAGGGAAUCUCCAGUUAUACUGCAAAGCUGACUGGCAUGGAGGGUAUAAAGGUGACUGUGGAGCCACAGAAGUUAGCAUUCAAGAAGAAACAUGAGAAGCUAAGCUACACUCUUACUUUGGAGGGUCCCAAAUCAAUGAAAGAGGAUCUGGUCCAUGGCUCUUUGAGCUGGGUGCAUGAUGGAGGUAAAUGUGUGGUUAGGAGUCCUAUAGUGGCCACAAGCCUUACCCCAUAA